AUGAAUAUUUUAUUAUCAUGUAUUUAGGGUUAAAAAGAAUUCAAUCAAAAAUAGCAACUACAAUCUGAUAUCAACAAAUACAUUCUAUAUCCUGAGACACUCACUCCAAUCCUCAUAUAGAUUUGUGUUAAAAUAUUUGCCAAUAAAGACAAGUACUUAGAUGCCUAAGAAGAAUCUCUAAUAUUACAAUUAAUCAUCAAAGGUCUUGUAAUUAAGGUAAAUUGUCCACAUCAUCUAAUCAAUUUUAGAAAUAUAAUCAUGAUAUCCUUAUAGAAAUUGGAUCAGUCAUCAAUCUUUAAUCCAAUGACAAAGCCCAUCAAAAUAUAUUUUAUUAUGUGUAUUUGUCCUCACUCUACAAAUAAAAAUCAAAGUCAGUCCAACAAUAAUAAUAAUUAAAUAAGAUGAUUAAUCUCUAUGAAGAUCAAUUCAAAAAUUAUAUUCAUCAUUUAUCCUAAAUUGAAUGGAAUCAUAAUUUGCUUUAAUCACUUAUUAAAUGUGUUUUAUUGAAUCCUACACUCUUUAGAAAUCAUUAAAAAUAAAUCUAAGAAUUAUGCAUUUAAAGAAGAUCUUAAACAUAAAUUGCUACACAAUUAGCUCAAUUAUAUGCUGUCCUACAAUUUACAUAUUUAGAAGGUAAAUAAGGAAAUAAUUCCUAUCAAUCUCAAAUUGUAAAUACACUUGAAUAAAUCUUUGAUGCUUACUAUAUUGUGUCUACCUUAAUUGAUUUAGAAAAAGAAAAAUUAGUAUUAUAAAAUAAUUGGCAAACUAAUCUAUCUACAGAGGAAAUUAAAAUGAAUCUUCUAAAUGUAUUAUAUAUAUUCUUAAAUAGAUUGAAGGUAAAAAUCAAAAGACUAAAUAUUCAAUCAUCUUUCAAAUAAUUAAAGAAUUCUUAAUUUCAAAUGAUAAUUUUUCUAUUAAUUUUAAAGAAACCUUGAAUUUCCUAUCUCUCCUUCUAUAAUAACAAUUACAAUUUAUCAAAGAAGACAUCUUAAUUGAUAUUUAGAUUGAAAGUGCUAUAUAGAAAAUAGGAGAAAUACUAUAACUCAAUAAUUCAUUUAAUGAUCAUUUAGAUGUAGUAUAUGAAACAUAAUUAAAUCAAAGUAUAAUGUAACAAUUAUAAAAUAAACUUAAUAAAUUAAUGAUAGAUAGAGGAAUCACUCUAAGUAUUGAAUCCUUUAAAGAAUUAAAUUAUUUUAGUAAAUCAAUUUCAUUAUCCUUAUUACAUACAUUAAUAUUGUCUAGUUUUAGUAAAGGUUUGAUAAUGAAUACAUCUAUUCUUUAAAUUUUAUUUAAAUUCACAUAAUCAUCAUUUUCAGUAAAUACUUCAAUAAUUAAAUAACUUUCAUAAGUAUGUGAAUCUAUGUCUUAAUAAAGUAUUUAUUUAUAAUAUGAAUUUAGAAUUCUUAACAACAAGAAUAGAAUUAGAAGUGAUUUCAAGAAUACUUGAAUAACUUGAACUUGAAUUCCCCAAAUAUAUGAAAAAUAUGAGUAAUUAUAUGAAGAGGGAAAGACAUUAAAUAUAUUAACCAGUUGAUAAUAAAAAAAAAUAAAAGGUAAUUAAAGAUAUAUAAUUGGGAUUUUUACCUUAAGAUUAACUUAAUAAAACAAGUUUAAAAAUAUUAAAAUAAAGAUUUGAAAAUCAAUUUAUAUCAUUAUCAAAGUUAGUAGUAAAUAAUUUAAGAUAAGGAAAUUCAUUGGAUUUAACAAAAAGAUUAUAUCAAUUAUUAUUUAUUAUAUUCUCAUUUCCACAUGAUAUUUUAUUAAAUUAUUGUGGUAUUGAAGUAAUUUCAUCCUUAUUAAGAUUAUGUAAAGUAGUUUUACAAAAUUAUAAUGAAUUAGAAUUAUGUUUGAUUUAACCAAUUAAAUAUUUUAUUUUAUUUUUGCUUUAAUCAGAUGUUUAUGAAAUUGAUUUAGAUUUAUAGGAAGCAACAUCUGGUAUAAUGGAAUUAAUAAAUUUUGUUUAUUAAAGAAGAAAAACUUUAUCAAUUGACAAUUAUGUAUCAACAAUUGUAAUAUUAUUAAUAUGAUAUUAAAUAGAAAUCAAUAAAUGAUUAAUUUUCUAAGGCUUAAUAGAUAUUCUAAUCUGUUAAUUCAGAAGAGCAAUAUUAUUCCUGUAAAGAUAAUUAAAUGGAUUAAUCAAUGAAUGCUAGUAAUGGAAAUACUAAUAAUAAUAAUCUUCAAUAGAUAGCUGCUUAGAUUAGAAAGACAAAAAGUUUUAUUGGUGAAGAAGAGAGUAGUUCAAAAUAAUAGAAAUAAACAGAAGAUGAAAUGUUUUAUUCAAUUGUAAAUCAUUCAAAUACUGAUAAUGCAAAAGGAGAAUAACAAAAUUAAUAAAUUGUUACUUUACAAUAAAAUGUUAUUGUGAAUGAAGAUGAAGAAAUUGAAAUACCUAAAGUUGUAUUUGAUUGA